ACCAACGGCAAAGCAUUAAUCCUCUCAAAUUCUAUAUAAAAUUGUAACAACAUUGAGUAAAGUAAGCAUCGAAAAUUCAGAAGUUCCAACUAAGAAACUAGAUCUUGCAAGUAAUCAAUCAGCGAUGUCAGGAAGAGGUAAAGGAGGAAAGGGUCUUGGAAAGGGCGGUGCAAAGCGUCAUCGUAAAGUUCUUAGAGAUAACAUUCAAGGAAUCACCAAACCUGCUAUUCGUCGUCUUGCUAGACGUGGUGGUGUGAAGCGUAUAAGUGGUUUGAUCUAUGAGGAAACUCGUGGUGUUCUCAAGAUUUUUCUUGAAAAUGUUAUUCGUGAUGCUGUCACUUACACUGAACAUGCUCGCCGCAAGACAGUAACUGCCAUGGAUGUUGUUUAUGCGCUCAAGAGGCAAGGCAGGACCCUUUACGGUUUUGGGGGUUAGGUUGUAUUAGUAAUUAGUCAUUUGUAAUGACUUGUUUAAUUAAUCUCAGCUUGUUGAGUCUUCGUAUAUGUGUAAUUGUUGCUUAAUUAGUGUUCACAGUUGAUCUUUGUAUCUUCUUAAA